AUGGCACAAGAAAUUAAUGAUUUAAAAAAAACCAUUUCUGAAAGAGAUACAAGAAUUUUGGAGCUCCUAAUAAUUAAUCGUCAACUCACACAAGUUAACGAACCAUUAAAAAAAGAUAUUGAUGGUUUGAAAGAAAGAGAUAAAAAACAAGAUGAUACAAUUAAUUUAUUAAAACAGGAAAUAUCAGAUUUAAAUACCAAAAUUGGUCAAAUGGAAGAAGAAGCUCUUGUUCAAUUAAAACUUAUCAAUAGGUCAUAUAAUGGUUUAAAAAAAGCAAAUGAGUUGCUUCAAACAAAAGCUACUGAUUUGGAGGAAAUAAUUAAAAAUCUCAAUAAAGAAAUGCAAAGUAAAGAUACUAUUAUCAAUAGAUUAGAAACAGAUGUAGCAGAAUUAAAAAAAAAAGAAGCCCAAAGACAAUCGUCUGCGGUCUAUGUUUAUAUGGCCGAUUUAUGCAAUUAUUAUUUGAACAACAAAUUGUACCCAGAUGUUUUAAAAGUAUUUGAAUAUGGCACAUCAGGAUAUACUAAUUUUUUACAAAAAUUAAAAAACGAUGGUGAACAACCCAUAUCAUUUUUGAGUUAUUUUCGUAGAGAAUAUGCUGAAGAUCCAAAUAUCGCUGUCCAAGCAGCCCCACAUGGAGUUAACUUAGGUUUUAUGCUAGACUUAAUCAAUCACAGAAAUACCUUUACCCAUUCAUACGUCCCAUAUUCCGUUACGAGUUUAUUAAAACUCUCCAUAGAGGGAUACAACCACCUUGAAAGUAAAAAUCAUCAAGAUGUUCUCGGUCAAAUGUUUGAAUUAUACCAAAACUUCACACCAUCACCACCACCACAAAAUAAACACGAUGCACCUCCAGACAAAACUAAUAACCCAUUUAAACAUUUUUUAAAUAAAAAAUAA